GUGUGGACAUAGCCUUGGAGAUCAGGUUCAGUCAAUAUGUAACGAGUGCUGCACUUUUCCAGCUGAUAGGUCAGAUUGACUCAAGUCUAAUUUACCAUGUCACCCGCUAGUGGAUGCAAUCAGCAUUGCUAAGGAACCCUAAAACUGUGACUCAAGCAGAAAUGUUACUUGGGUUAUCACCAGCAACUUCUUAUAAACAAGUCUCCCAAACUCCAGUGUGGAAAAUAAAUGCAAAGUGGACUGGAGGGUCCCCAGUCACUCUGUCAUGGAUGUAAACUACUUUCUCUUCCUGAAGCUCAGCCUUUCCAGGAUGGAUCAAAACGAAAGUGUUUUAAGGAGGAAAUUAGAAACACUCCAUGGUAUUCCCCUGUUCUGGAGUAUUGUAGAAGAAUGGGCCCAGGUGGAAUCAUUCCAGGCCAGGCCAGAUGACCUUCUCAUUGCCACCUACCCGAAAUCAGGCACAACCUGGGUCAGUGAAAUUGUGGACAUGAUCUAUAACAACGGCGAUGCGGAGAAGUGUAAGCGGGAUGCGAUUUACGUUCGGGUCCCUUUCAUGGAGCUGAUUGUCCCUGGAAUCAAAAAUGGAGUAGCACAACUGGCUGACAUGCCCUCUCCCCGGUUAGUAAAGACCCAUCUUCCUGUUCAACUCCUUCCUGCCUCCUUCUGGGAAAACAACUGCAAGAUGAUCUACAUGGCCCGAAAUGCCAAGGAUGUGGUUGUCUCUUAUUACUAUUUCUAUCAAAUGGCAAAGAUUCAUCCAGAACCUGGCACCUGGGAUGAGUUCCUGGAGAAGUUUGUGGCAGGGGAAGUUGUGUUUGGAUCUUGGCACGAUCACGUGAAAGGCUGGUGGGAGAAGAGAAAGGACAAGCCCAUUCUGUACUUGUUCUACGAGGACAUGAAAGAGGAUCCUAAACGUGAAAUACAAAAGGUGUUACAGUUUCUGGGCAAGGACCUGGAGGAAGAGGUGUUGAAUAAAAUCCUUCUUCACACCUCAUUCCAGGAGAUGCAGAAGAACCCCGCUGCCAAUUAUAAGAUGGUAUCAAACGGUUUUAUGGACCACAGUGUGUCUCCCUUCAUGAGAAAAGGUAUUGUAGGUGACUGGAAGAAUCACUUCACCAUGGCCCAGAAUGAGGCAUUUGACUGUGACUAUGAAGAGAAGAUGAAGGGGUCGACACUGCGUUUCCGAAUGGAGAUUUGAGGCAUCUCCCUUCUCCCAUCUGGCUUAUUUGUUUAGUUAGGCUCAGACAAAUCAAAUCAAAAUCAAAUUAAAGGGAGGCACCAAAGCAAACAGCAACUGUUAGUUACUCUGAAUAUGAUUUUUUGCACCUGCUUCUAUUUGUGUGGGCUCUUCAGUUCCGUAGCUCCCAUUUGGAUAAUGCAUUUGGGAUUUCAAGCGCCUUUGACUGUCACUAGGACCAGAGAUGGUUUGAGUUGUUGUGCGCUGAGAUUCUCACCUGACUCCAGGGGUUGGGGCUUGAAGAAAACUCAUGAAAUAUCAUCUGUCAUUUGGUAAAGUCAUGACCGAUGGCAAGAAGAAACUCCAGGAGAGCGAUUAUGCAGCUGCUCUCAUUAACAAACAGCAAGCUAUCAAUGGGAAUCUGGCCUUGAUUAUUAAGGUCUCAUCAAGACCCACCACAAUAAACUACUAUACCUGAGAGGGUAAAGAGCUGAGCCUGCUGUGACUGAAACCGGCAGGUUCCCGGAAGCCUAGAACGGUGCCAAAACUGAUGUGCAGACCGCUAGGUGCUUUGAGAUGAAUAGCACUGUAAGAGCUAGGAAUUAAAGUAAUACCCGGAACAGAGCCUUUCAUUCCCAUUGCAGAUGCAUGUCAAAUGUGCCUGCCUUUGAGCACUCACGGACUAAAAGUCGUAAAUUUGAGUUCGCUUUCUACUACCUGCAUCAUUGCUGGUGAACGCCCGUGAUGUCUGCAGGCAGGUAGCCUGGGAGACUUCCAGGUGGUUUUGUAACAUGACCUGCAACACGGCCACAGAUUUGGCCAAGAACAGGGCUGGCCCCAGACCAAAUGGUGCCCCGGGUGAGGCGCAUCUUCAGUUCCUCCCAGUCCAUUUGUUAAACUUUUGAACACUUUGUUUUGUAUUGCAUUUGUAACCCAUUUCACAGCUUUGAUGCAUGAUCCUCAUGUAUGAUUUAUGCCUGUCACGUAAGAUGAGAAAUUCCCAUGCUAGGCUCUGUAAAUCGGUAUUGAUGCAUGCCAUAGAGAAGCAAAUAAAAAGCUGUUUCCUCUAA